UGGGCGGGGAAGCUUGGGGACCUGAACGCGUCGGUGUUUCGGAGAGCGGUGAGUCGGUUCCUGGCCUGGCGCUUCCCAGCGGCGUGCCCCUCGCUCCUCGCUUCUGCUCAGGGAAAAAAUAAAAAAUGGAAGGCCUGCCCGAUGCAGCUGCUUUUGCAACUAAACUUAAAAACACUCUCAUCCAGUACCAUAGCAUUGAAGAUGAUAAGUGGCGUGUUGCAAAGAAAACGAGAGAUGUCACGAUUUGGAGAAAACCUUCAGAAGAAUUUAAUGGAUAUCUUUUCAAAGCCCAAGGUAUUAUAGAUGGUGUUGUUAAUGAUAUAAUGGACCAUAUACGCCCAGGUCCCUGUCGCUUGGAUUGGGACAGCUUAAUGACUUCAUUGGACAUUUUGGAGAACUUUGAAGAGAAUUGCUGUGUGAUGCGUUACACUACUGCUGGUCAGCUUUGGAAUAUCAUUUCCCCAAGAGAGUUUGUUGAUUUCUCCUACACUGUGGACUAUAAUGGAGGGCUUUUAUCUUGUGGGGUCAGCCUUGACUGGAGUGAGAAGAGAGCAGAAUUUGUUCGUGGAUAUAACCAUCCCUGCGGUUGGUUUUGUGUUCCACUUAAAGACAAUACAAACCAGAGUCUUUUGACAGGCUAUAUUCAGACGGAUCUGCGUGGGAUGAUUCCUCAGUCUGCAGUAGAUACAGCCAUGGCAAGCACUUUAAUCAACUUCUAUGGUGAUUUACAAAAAGCCUUAUGAAAGGCAUAAGACGUUUAAACUUGUAGUACUACGACCCUCUGAAUUAACUCCUUCUUUCAGCUCCAUGGCCUGUAAAAAUCAUCACCCUUUUCUCUCAUCUGUAUAGCUCGUAGAAAAAUUUGAGAUAUUUUUGUGUUAUUUUAUUCCUAAAGUAAAUAGCUGUCUAAGAGAGGGCAUUGUAGUUUUUUUAAAUAGUUAUUUGCACCUUGUUUGGUAUGGCAGUCUGUGUGUCUAUGAAUGGAGAGCAUGACAGAAAUCCACCCUGAAAUAGGUGGAUUCUUUGACUCAAACUCUUAAGAAAAUGAAUAGUGCCUCAGUAUGAAUUUUUUGGCUGCUUUGAAUUUAGAGAGAGCACAAGCUUCAUGCCGUUAGGUUAAAAUAAUCUAUUUUAGAGCUCUAUAAACAUUUUGUAAAAGUUCUAAUUUUUUUUUAAAGUUAAAUAUUAGUGCUUUAGUUUUGGUAUGCUCUAUGAGUUUGCCAAUAUCUUGACUAAAGAAAAUGCUCUUUAUAUUUUAUAAAUAUGAACCUCAUUAUCAACUGACUUGCACUGCUUUAAGUAUUGAAAAGAUCAGAAAUAAAUGGGUAGAUAUUAUAGUAACUAUAGAAUCCAAUCAAAAGCAUUUCAAUUUUGAUACCUAGAUAGCAUUAUUUUGUGAAUAUCUUUAAAAAUAUGAUUGUUUUUUAUGUGCAUUUAUUUUGGGAGUCUUAAAACAUUUAUGCAUGAAACAGUACAAAAACUGCCAUCUAUGUAAUGGGGAUACACCAUUGAUUGAACAGUAGUCUGAGUUUUGUGAAGUGGCUGGUGGUAUCCUGUAUUUAGCAGCAGGGAAUCAUCUCUCUAGAAGGUCAAAUUCAAUGAAUGUUCUGUACAUGUUCCAGUUUUAAAAGUAUCACUCAACUCAUAAAAUAUUACUACUUCAUAAACAGUCAUAAUUGUGAUGAAACUUUUGUCUGGUACUGUAACAAAUGCAUUCAGAGAGUCAUUUUGUAACUAGAAUGAACAAUAAUAAUUGGUCCCUUGAUUCUAUGGCUGCCUUAAAGGAACAUUCUACAUGAUUUUAAUAUCCCAAAUGACUCUGGCUUUUGAACUGUCCACCUAGUUUACUUCUAAAAUAAGAACUUGAGGCAUCUCAAUGUGUCCAGGCAAUUCUUUUUGUGUGUGUGGUUAAUACAGGCAAAUUUUUGCAUGUAUCUAUUUGUGUAUAUGCACACAUCUUGAAAUCCAUUUCAGUGUUCAGUGUGAGUUCUUUCUGCAUUAUUAUUAUUAUCAUUUUAUUUCCUCUUUGUGUGUGUGGUUAAUAUGGGGUAAAGCGAACUCUGGAAAUUCAUGCCAGAUAGACUACAAAAAGCAUAAGAGCAUAUGGUGGUUCAGGUGCAUGAAGGUUUGAUCUGUGUUUUACUUCACUAUGUUUACCUGAGUGUAAAGAAAGCCUAGAUCCUCAGACCCAUUUUGAUAAAGUGAAAAAAGUUGAGCUGGUUUUUGUCUUUAUUUUUUUGCUAUUAGCAAUGAUGUUAAAAAAAAUAAAUAAAUAAAAGGUUGUAGUACUACAUUAUCCAUGGUGAAUAUCUCACAAGUUUUCGAUUGAAAAUAAUUUGUUUCAAGAACUGACAGAAAUGAUGUGUAAAUGAUCCUAUUUUCUUAACUUGAAAUUUAUUAAUUAAUUUUUUUUCUAAAUUGGAACUUGAGUUGCUGGAUUUUUCUCCCACUUUUUUCUUCUUCUUCUUGUAAUAGGGAAAAAAACAUCAGUAGUUUAAUUUUUAGCUCCCCACGGAAAUUUAUUAAAUGUUAGUUUUCAAUAAAAAAAAAAAAGAAAGAAAUGUUAGUUUUGACUUUAUGUAUUUUUUUAUUUGGUUUUAUUAGUGUAGAGUAGGAAGUUUCUUAUAUUUAGGUAUUCUGUCUAAGAUGGAGAAAUACCAACAGAUAAUCAGUUAUAAGGUGCCCAGACUGGGUAAAGGAUUUGCAACAAUAUUGUAUAUAAGGGCUGUGAUUGCCUGAUAUGGGAACCCCUAAACACAAAUGAACUGUCCAUUCUCAGUUACUCUAAUGUUCCCUUUGUCCUAUUCCACUUAUACCUCUGGUGAGUGAUUACAUAAUCCACUGUUUACUGUGGACCAACUGCAAGUAACAGGAUACUCAUAGAAAAAUUCUCAUUGCAAUAUUGAGUCAUAGGGAUUGAAAAUUUAUAUUCGAAUUACCUAAAAUUUAUAUGCAGCUUCUAAAUGGCACUUCAGAUCUACUGGGCUCUAGCUGUAUACUUAAAAACAAACAGCUUUAUUGGAUUUAUAUGCUACACAAUUUGCCGGUUGUAGGUAUACAGUCCAGUGAUUGUUUAGUUCAUUUAUAGUUGUACAACCAUCAUCACAAUCAUUUUAGAACAUUUUCAUCUCCCACAAAGACUCCUUUGCCUGUUUGCAGACUCAUAACUAGCCAAAGUUUAGCACAGUUGCCAGUAUACAGAAGAUGAUGAAAAAGAUUAUAGAAUAGGAUUUGUUUUGUUUUUAAGAGUAGAGUUGUAUUUGAAUCUAAGCUCAGGAACCUUGUGUUAAUAUAUUGAAAUAUGUUAUCUCAAGUACCACAAUGAUAAGAAUUUAAGGAUGUGGGUUGGGAUUAAAGAGUCUGCUGUUUCUAUAGCAUUGCUGUAGAA